AUGGCAAGACAUGACAAAAUCGCAAGUAUUGACAACACUGCAGAAGAGGCGUACCAUGUAAUCCUUUUUCCUUUUAAAUCUAGAUAUAUAGAAAUAUUUCCAAGUAGGGGGAGUGAAGUUCGAACCCAUAGCGGUUUGUUCAGGGGGAAGAAGAUGAAUACUUAUCCAAGUACUAAACCGAUAGAAGAAUCAGAAUCAGUCUUUGAAGAAAAUGAACAGGGUCAGCCCCUAGGACCUACUGCAGAUUGUGAAAGUGAAAAAGAAAAGGACUCUUACAGAGAAGUGAUUGACGAGCCUCGGGCCGCGUCAGAAUUCGAGAGUACCUUGUCACUGCUGCAUUUUGUCCAUCUGAGAGGUCUGCCUUUCCACGCUAGUGCCCAAGACAUUGUAAAUUUUUUUGCUCCACUGAAACCUGCAAAAAUCACCAUGGAAUAUAAUUCCAAUGGGAAAGCUACAGGAGAAGCAGAUGUACAUUUUGAGACUCUUGACGAUGCAGUUGCUGCUAUGGCCAAGAACAGGUCACACGUGCAGCAUAGAUAUAUUGAAUUAUUCCUGAAUUCAUCUCCACAAAGAAAACAAGAUUGCUAGGAUGAAGCAAGAACUGUUGUUUGCUCAUCAUUCUUGGAGCUAGAAUACAGGUGCUCCUGUUCAGUAGCAAAGAAACCAUAAGACAUCUUGCUUUUUCAAAGGCAAUUCAGUCUGUAUCUAAAAUUAUUCUGUAUGGGUUUAUGUAGUAAAGCGCACAAUAAAUUGUGUUCACACUGUGGAAUGUGUCUGUAAAAA